UUUCUCUUCGUUGAGCUUAGUGCUUAUUGUAACCAUAGUUAUCGCAUAUUGGACAUUUUCUAUGCAAAGAAUAUGUAUUGGAGCGUAACGGUGUGAUUAUCACAUGAGUCGUUUCCUCCGGCUUUCUCGCACUUGUUUCUCUUUUAGUUUUGUGGUUCCUUAGUAUCAAGUUAUAAAAAGCAUAAUAAUCAACUUUCGGAUGUCUAAAAUAAACGAACAUGAGAAAGAUUGUAUCCAGGGAAAUAAACGUCAAAAAAUUAACGAGCUCGAUGAUAUUGUGGUGGAUAUUACGGGUUAUUCGUUAUCACGUGUACGAGCAGCUUUUACCUACAUUGGUAUUAUAUUAACCUGUGGACUGUUAAGACUAGUCUUUCAUUGGUUUCCACAUUGGAUGCUAAAGUGCACGAAUAAGAAGUGUGCUUUAAUAAAUGCUGAGAAAAUUCUUGUAAAAGAUGCCUACGGUAUUCACUACAUACAUGAUGUGGUUGUUGACAAAAUUGAAAAAACAAAUAGUCCUAAGGUCUCGUAUGUUCGAAAACCUGUAUCAUUCAUGAUGUCGCAAAUGGCAUGUGCUGGAAAAGAUGCUGAGAUGAUGUGUUACUUUACCCAUAAAUGUUCAAAAUACGUAUGGGACAAUGAGAAUAAUCGUUUUGAGAACCCCAGGGGUUGGCAUGAAGCUUCAUAUGGAGAAAUCUUGGAAUGUAAACCUUUGACUAAUGAAACAGUCCUCAUGAAUCGUGCGUUGUAUGGAAUAAAUGAAAUCAGUAUUACACUUACUCCAAUUGUCAAGUUACUACUUGAAGAAUGCUUGAAUCCAUUCUACUGUUUCCAAAUAUUCAGCUUUAUCUUGUGGUGUUCUGAUGAAUACUGGGUAUAUGCCUCUUGCAUUAUGGUUAUUUCAGUUAUGUCACUAUCAUGUCAAGUUUAUGAACUACGUAGAAAUGAAAGGACUCUUAAAGAAACUAUGUGCAUAUCGUCUUCUGUAAUCGUUUGUCGAGAAGAAUUUGGGGUUAAAGAAUUCAAAGAAAUAGAUUCCGUUUCACUAGUUCCCGGUGAUGUAAUUGAGAUUCCACGAAACGGAUGUCUGGUUCAAUGUGAUGCCAUUUUACUAGCAGGAAACUGCAUAGUAAAUGAAAGUACACUGACCGGUGAAAGUGUUCCAGUCACCAAAAUUCCCUUGCCCGAUUCACCAUCAAAGGCUACCUUAUUUGAUAUCAAAGUUCAUGGUCGCCAUAUUUUAUUUGCUGGUACUACUGUUAUUCAAACAAGAAAUUAUGAAGAUGAACGUGUUUUGGCUGUUGUUGCACGCACUGGCUUUUACACGGUGAAGGGUGAACUUGUACGGUCGAUUCUCUUUCCUAAACCUCUAAAAUUCAAAUUCACUCAAGAUUCCUUCCGGUUUAUUUUCGCGUUGUCUAUUCUUGCUGUAAUUGGUUUAGGAGUUUCAAUCUACUUGAUGAUCAGAGCUGACGUUGGUGUUGGUGACAUUAUCCGACGAGCGUUAGAUCUAGUUACUGUAGCGGUACCACCAGCCCUACCUGUUGUGAUAACAGUAGGUGUUGUUCUGGCUCAGCGACGUCUACUAUCACAUGGAAUAUUUUGUGUCAAUCCAACCGUGAUUAAUGUAUGUGGAGUUAUCAAUGUGGCUUGCUUUGAUAAGACGGGUACUUUGACAGAAGAUGGUUUGGAUAUGUGGGGUAUCAUUCCUUACGAAGAUGGUUUGUUUAGAGACCCAGAAUUGGAACCGUCGGAGUUAGGCAAUGGUCCCUUAAUAGAAUGUUUGGCGACAUGUCAUUCUUUGACAUUGAUCGAAGGAGUCCUGUCUGGAGAUCCUCUGGAUUUGAAGAUGUUUCAGUCAACUAAAUGGGAAUUCAUUGAAGAAGCUGCUGAUCAUUGUAAGUUUGAGAUGGCUGUCCCUGCUAUCGUACGUCCACCGAGUAAAGGCAGUUCAACGGAAAAGAUUUCUGUAAAAUUCAAUGGUGAUGAUAUUCAGUACGAAGUGGGUAUUUUACGUCAAUUUCCAUUCAGUUCUUCAUUGCAACGCAUGUCUGUGAUUACUCGUGCUCUCAAUCAAAAUCAUUUCAAUAUAUAUACUAAAGGUGCACCUGAAACCAUUGAAUUGUUGUGCAGAUGUGAUACUAUUCCCAUAGAUUUUCAUUCAACUCUGUCAGGAUACACACGUGAAGGGUAUCGAGUGUUAGCAUUAGCUUGGAAACCAUUAAAAGCAACCUAUACAAAAGUUUUACGUGUACCUAGGGAACGUGUUGAACAGGAUUUACAAUUUCUUGGUUUACUAAUCAUGGAGAACCGUUUGAAACCGGAAACAACUCAAGUGAUUGAAACUUUAAGACAUGCCAAUAUUCGACCUGUGGUGGUGACUGGUGAUAAUAUGCUAACUGCACUAUCAGUAGCUCGGGAUUGCGGGAUUAUUGAUGAACGGGAUCGUAUUAUUCUUGUGUCUGCAAAACCACCACCUCUUGUUCAGUCAUCGAGUCCACAUGAUUCUGUGGUAUGUUCUGCCAAUAUUGAUGUAUCAAAAGAUCAACAACAGAGUCAUUCUCCUUCCAAUCAUGCUCAGGAGAAUUUCUUCAAUCAACAUGACGAUUCAUUAGUUGAAUUUCAUUAUGCUGAAGAUUUACACAAACCAGUUACUGAAGUAAUAACUACAACUGAGACAGGAACAACUGGUAAAUUCCAUAAAUCUCAACUUGUCAAUAAUACUUCGACCGAAACUGAUUAUGAUUCACAUAAAUUUCCAGUAAGGAGUGCUAAGAAACCUCGAAAAUUGAUGCGUUGUUUAUGCAAAGAUGUCCCUUGUGUUUGUGGACAGAAUUCCUCGUCCUCGCUCAGUUCAGUGACAGAUAUAACUCAGGUGCCUAAUGUUUCAGUGAAUGACCAUCCUUAUGCUACUUUAUCCGAUCAACCAGAACGUCACCAGUGUGAACUUGGAGACCAGACAUCUUCCUCUAAAGAUCACUUGCAAUCUGUGUCGAAUGAUCGCUUGAAUUCCACUCGUCCUGUAUUUAUACGGAUGCUUGAUCGACCUGAUUUCCACUUGGCUAUGUCUGGUAAAACAUGGGCUAUCAUUCGAGAACACUAUCCUUGGCUUAUACCAAAGCUUGUAGUCAAAGGUACUGUGUUUGCUCGUUUUCAUCCAGAACAAAAAGCUCAGCUGAUUGAAUCGCUUCAAUCAGUUGGUUAUUUUGUUUCAAUGUGUGGUGAUGGCGCUAAUGAUUGUGGUGCAUUGAAAGUGGCACAUGCUGGGAUUGCAUUAAGCGAAACUGAAGCCAGUGUUGCUAGUCCUUUCACAUCGAAACAACAAAAUAUUAGUUGUGUCCCGACACUUAUUCGUGAAGGUCGUUGCGCGUUGACUACGAGUUUUGGUGCAUUCAAGUUUAUGGUUGGUUAUUCAAUGAUUCAAUUUUUCUCAGUUAUACUUUUGUAUUAUAUUGGCAGCAAUAUUUCCGAUCUGCAAUAUAUGUUUAUCGAUGUUAUUGUCAUCACUACUAUGGGUCUUACGUUUGGCUAUACUCCGGCAUAUCCUCGUCUGUCUGUGGAACGUCCUGAAAUGCGAUUAGUCUCAACAGUGACUUUAUUAUCAUUGGGUCUGCAGUUGCUCACUUGUGGUCUUGUACAAUUUUCAGUCUUUGUAUUUACGCGACUACAACCAUGGUAUUUACCACUGUUUGCUUAUCAUGAAGAUUAUGAAUUGAAGAACUUUGAAAGUACAGCCAUAUUCACUGUAUCUGUUUACCAGUACAUUAUAUUGGCUAUUGUAUUCUCUAAAUCUGCACCAUAUCGUCGAUCGAUUCUUUCUAAUCAUUUAUUCGUUGUCAACAUUAUUGCAUGUGUUGCGGGAUCAUUAUACUUGACAUCUCAACCAGCUCGUGUGGUUCGCAAAGUAUUCGAACUGUGUCGUUUUCCUUCAGUUUAUUUUGUUAUAAUUCUGCAUGGAAUAGUAUUGGGCAAUUUAUUGUUUGGAUAUAUUUUGGAAUCGAUUGUUGAUGGUGUUUCAUUUCGACAACGAAUACAUCAUAUUAAACAUGCAUUAUUUCCCAGGUAUGUUUAUUAUGAAUACCUUCCAUUGUGCUUCCUGCUUGUCGAUUCCUUUCAUACAUUUAAUGAACUCAACCAAUCGGGUUAUUUGAGUCGUGACACUUCAUAA